AUGACGCUCGGGGCAGCGCUGGCGAAAGAGGCGGCAACCUUUGUUGGGACACUGCUGCGCAAGGAAGCUGCCGCCCUCAGGGGCCUCUUCGGCAAGAUACGCCAGUCCAAGGCGGAGCUGGAGAGCAUGCAGGCCUACUUGCAUGAGGCAGAGCGGUUCAAGGACACCGACAAGACCACUAGCAUCUUCGUUGGCGAGAUCAGGACCCUCGCCAUCCAGAUCGAGGACGUCGCCGACGAGUUCACCUACAAGCUGGAGGACUGCAAGCAUGGAGGGUUCGCCUGCAAGGCCAGGAAGCGGCUCAAGCAUAUCAAGACCUGGUACCGCCUGGCGGCAAAGUUCCAAGAAAUCGAAGCCAAGCUGGAAGAUGCUAAUCGGAGGAAGAAGUAUUACACCGUCAGAUCUUCUCCUGCUACCAGAUCGGUGAGUCAAAGUCAAGCUCUGCAUUUCACCAGAGAUGAGGACCUUGUGGGGAUCGAGGAGAACAAGGGAAAGUUGGUAGAGUGGCUGAUCCCUGGCAGUGGUGAUGGUGAUGAUUUGGAGCAGAGCAGCAGCAAAGUCACUACGGUGUGGGGGAUGCCUGGUGUUGGUAAAACAACGCUGGUUGAUCAUGUGUACAACACGGUGAAAUUAGAUUUUGACGCAGCGGCAUGGGUAACCGUGUCAGAGAGUUACAGUCCUGAAGAUCUGCUGAAGAAGAUAGCCACCGAGUUCCGCAUCGCGGUUGAUGUGGCCAAUAUUGAGAUGAGAGUCCUAGCAAAGUCUAUCCAUAAUCACCUUCAAGGUAAAAAGUACAUCUUGGUCAUGGAUGAUGUUUGGGAUGCACACGCUUGGUUGGAGAUAAGGAAGGUCUUCCCAACUUCUAACUGCACAUGCCGAUUUGUUAUUACAUCAAGAAAGUAUGAAGUGUCAUGCUUGGCAACUGGGGAUCAUACAAUUCACUUGGAACCACUAAAAGCACAUCACUCGUGGGUGUUGUUUUGUAAAGGAGCUUUUUGGAAUGAUGUUGACCAACAGUGUCCACCGGAGUUGCAAGAAUUGGCUUCGAAGUUUUUAGCAAAGUGUCAAGGCUUGCCUAUUGCUAUUGCAUGCAUUGGCCGCCUACUCUCCUGCAAACCCCAAACUCCAGCCGAAUGGGAGAAUGUGUACAGGGGUUUGGAUUCGCAGUUGACGAAAGAUGUAAUGCCUGAUUGUCAUAUGAUCCUAAAGGUCAGCCUGGAGGAUCUUCCGUACGACUUGAAGAAUUGUUUCUUAUACUGUGCACUGCUCCCAGAAGACUAUGUAUUAAGGAGGAAGGUGACAACGAGGCAGUGGAUUGCAGCAGGGUUCAUCAGGGGAAAGGAAGAGAACAACAAGUUGGAGGAAGUGGCCGAGGGAUACUUGACUGAGCUUGUGAACAGAAGCUUAUUAAAGGUAGUUGAAAGGAAUCAUCUCGGACGACUGAAACACUGUCGGAUGCAUGAUGUCAUACGCCUUGUUGCCCUCAACAAAGCCAAGGAGGAACGGUUUGGUGAAGUUUACAAUGGCUCUUCUGCUGGAGCAUUCUCUGUAGAGGGUGCACGUCGCAUAACGGUUCUAGGGGAAAACCUUGAACAACUGAGCCGGUCUGGUGCAACACAUCUCCGUGUGCUCCAUGUAUUUGGGACUUAUAUCAAUACUGAUUUGCUGAAGCCUAUCCUAACAUCUUCAAAGUUGAUGUCGACAUUGGAUCUGCAAGGUACUCGUAUCAAAAUGCUUCCCAGUGAGGUAUUCAACUUGUUUAAUCUGCGUUAUUUGGGUAUUAGAGAUACCGAGAUUGAAAGCCUGCCUGAAGAAGUGGGGAGGUUACAAAACUUGGAAGUCUUAGAUGCUUCCAGAUCCAAGCUGACGUAUUUUCCAAACAAUGUUGUAAGACUUCAAAAGUUGAGAUACCUAAUGGCAUCUAUUGAUGGUGGACAUGACAGAUUAGAAAUUGGAAACAUAAGCGUAGUCAAGGUGCCUAGUGGCAUGCAACAUUUGGCAAGACUGAGGUCUCUUAAGUUUGUCAAAGCCAGUUCAGAGUUUCUACGUGAAGUUGCAGCUCUGACAGAGCUAAGAUCAUUCAGUGUCUCCAACGUGAGAAGUGAACAAACAUCUGACUUGAGCAAUGCUAUCAGCAGAAUGAGCCAUCUUAUUCAUCUCGAAAUUGUCGCUGCAACUGAGAAUGAGGUGCUGCGGCUAGAAGGACUACAUUUACCUCCAACGCUUUCUUGGCUUGGUAUAGCCGGGCAGCUAGAAAAAACAUCGACGCCUCAACUUUUCUCUUCUUGGUCACACCUCAAUAACCUUACUCGGUUGGACCUGGCAUUCUCCAAUAUUGACGAGGACAACUUUUCCUAUCUCUGCGUGUUAAGUGGUUUACACUUUCUUUCGCUAGCGAAGGCUUUUGGCGGAAAGAGGUUAGAUUUUCAUGCAGGGUCAUUUCCAGAACUUACGAAUCUAUACAUAUUGGGCGCAACACAACUCAGCCAGGUUAAAAUAGAGGAGGGCGCGAUGCAAAACCUCACCCACCUAUGGUUAAGAUAUUGUCCCGAGCUAAAGUUUCGUCCUUGUGGCAUUGAACAUCUUAGAGCCCUUGAGGAAUUAUUUCUGACAGACACAUACCAGAGAUUCAGGUGA